AUGGCAGCUUUCAACCUCACCCCCUCUGACCCUUCAACCUUCAUGCUAAUGGGAAUCCCUGGCCUGGAAGCUGCUCACGUCUGGAUUUCCAUCUGUUUUUCUACGUUCUACAUUAUCAGCCUGUUGGGAAAUUUCACAGUUCUGUUUGUUGUAGGGAAAGAGGAGACCCUGCACAAGCCGAUGUUCCUGCUGAUCUGCAUGCUGGCACUCACAGACAUUUGCUCAUCUACCUCCAUCAUGCCAAAGGCACUGUGUAUAUUUUGGUUCAAUUUAAAAGGCAUUACGGUGGGUGGCUGCCUCACCCAGAUGUUCUUCAUUCACACAGUUUCUGUUAUGCACUCAGCCAUCCUUGUGACAAUGGCCUUCGAUCGCUAUAUUGCCAUAUGCAAUCCUCUCAGAUAUGCCACCAUCCUCACCAACGCACGAAUAGCUAAUCUAGGGCUAGUAUGUUUGAUAAGAGCUGUUCUCUUCAUUUUGCCCUUGCCCUUGAACUUGAUCAGGCAGCCAUUCUGUACCAACCGCAUUAUCCCCCAUACAUACUGCGACCACAUGUCUGUGGUGAAGAUAUCGUGUGGGGACACCACGGUUGACAGGACGUAUUCCUUGGUGAUUACAUUUGUAGUCACUGGGUUAGACCUAACGCUCAUUGCCCUGUCUUAUGGUCUGAUUGUCAGGGCCGUCGCCAGAAUCUCCUCCAAGACAGCCCACCAGAAAGCCCUCAACACCUGCACAGCCCACAUCUGUGUGAUGCUGACAACUUAUACUCCCUUCCUCUUCACCUCUCUGACAUACCAAUUCGGUCAGGGCAUUGCUCCCCAUGUUCACAUCAUCUUGGCCAACCUCUACUUCCUCGUCCCUACCAUGCUCAACCCUAUCAUUUAUGGGGUCAAAACCAAAGAGCUUCGUGACAAAGUGAGCAAAUAUACCAGCAGAAGGUGA